GAGCUGACUGGCCAGCUGCCCCCUGAGUGCCCACUAGAGCCUGGUGAACGGCCCCAGUUGGUCCGCCGGCGGCCCCCCACAGCCCGUGCCUACCCUCCACCGCACCCCAACCAAGCACACCACUCCUUGUGUCCUGCUGAGGAGCUGGCUCUUGAGGCCCUGGAGCGUGAGGUGUCAGUGCAGCAGCAGAUCGCGGCAGCCGCCCGUCGCCUGGCCCUGGCCCCUGAUCUGAGCACCGAGCAGCGCCGGCGCCGUCGCCAGGUCCAGGCAGAUGCACUGAGGAGGCUGCACGAGCUAGAGGAGCAGCUCGGGGAUGUCCGGGCCCGCCUUGGCCUCCCAGUGCUCCCGCUGCCCCAGCCACUGCCACUGUCCACAGGGUCAGUGAUCACCGCCCAGGGAGUCUGCCUGGGCAUGCGCCUCACUCAGCUCAGCCAAGAGGAUGUAGUUCUGCACUCAGAGAGCAGCUCCCUCUCAGAGUCUGGGGCCAGCCAUGACAACGAGGAGCCCCAUGGCUGCUUCUCUCUGGCCGAGCGCCCCUCACCACCCAAGGCUUGGGACCAGCUGCGGGCAGUAUCCGGGGGGAGCCCUGAGCGGCGAACCCCAUGGAAACCACCCCCAUCAGAUCUUUACGGGGAUCUGAAGAGCCGACGGAACUCUGUGGCCAGCCCCACCAGCCCCACACGCUCGCUGCCCAGGAGUGCCUCCAGUUUUGAGGGGCGAAGUGUGCCUGCCACCCCAGUCCUCACCCGGGGCGCUGGCCCCCAGCUCUGCAAACCUGAAGGCCUUCAUUCUCGUCAGUGGUCCGGCAGCCAGGACUCCCAGAUGGGCUUCCCCCGGGCGGACCCUGCCUCCGAUCGCGCCUCCCUCUUCGUAGCUCGCACCCGCCGCAGCAACAGCUCUGAGGCCCUGCUGGUGGACCGGGCUGCUGGUGGGGGAGCUGGCUCCCCGCCCACCCCUCUGGCUCCCUCUGCCUCUGGCCCCCCAGUCUGCAAGAGCAGUGAGGUGCUGUAUGAGCGCCCCCAACCAACCUCUGCCUUCUCCUCCCGCACAGCAGGCCCCCCAGACCCUCCCCGGGCCGCCCGGCCUAGCUCAGCUGCCCCUGCCUCCCGAGGUGCCCCCCGGCUCCCACCUGUGUGUGGGGACUUCCUCUUGGACUAUUCCUUGGACCGGGGUCUGCCCCGCAGUGGUGGUGGAGCAGGCUGGGGGGAGCUGCUGCCUGCAGCUGAGGUCCCAGGACCCCUCUCCCGCCGGGAUGGGCUCCUCACCAUGCUCCCCGGCCCACCACCUGUGUAUGCAGCUGACAGCAACAGCCCCCUCCUCCGCACCAAGGACCCCCACACCCGUGCCACCCGCACCAAGCCCUGUGGCCUGCCCCCAGAGGUUGCCGAGGGCCCUGAGGUGCAUCCAAACCCUCUGCUGUGGAUGCCCCCACCCACCCGUAUCCCCUCGGCUGGUGAACGCAGUGGCCACAAGAACCUGGCUCUGGAGGGGCUGCGGGACUGGUACAUCCGGAACUCGGGACUGGCCGCGGGGCCCCAGCGCCGGCCUGUGCUCCCUUCCGUGGGCCCGCCACACCCACCCUUCCUCCAUGCCCGCUGCUAUGAGGUGGGCCAGGCGCUGUACGGGGCCCCCAGCCAGGCGCCACUCCCACACUCGAGGAGUUUCACGGCGCCCCCUGUCUCUGGCAGAUACUACGCGGACUUCCUGUAUCCCCCGGAGCUGAGCGCUCGUUUAAGUGACCUGACGCUAGAGGGGGAGCAGUCCUCCAGUUCUGACACCCAGACCCCGGGGACACUGGUCUGACCCCUUCUGAUAUGUCCCUUGUUGGCUUGGGCAUGAUUCCAAUCUGGGGAGCACAUAGCUGACCUCGCUGGGCCCUGGGGUGUGGUUGCUCUCAGUCCUGAGCACAGUGCGCCAACCUAAUCUUCCAAGGCCCCUGGCUCCCCUUAGGCCCAGGAAGGUGUCUGACACCCUGCUUCUUCUCUCACACUGUGCUAGGGACUGGGGGCCCUCAGCCAGCUUAAAAGAGAGAGGAUAAUGUCAUGGGGACCCCAAGCCCCUUCAUCCAUUUAUGUUUACAGUUGUGACUUAGGUAUUCACUGUCUUCCUCCAACACUAGGCGUUUUAUAAAAGGGAAACUGUGAUCUCAUCUGGUUGGGUUCAUUCCUGUUCCCAUGCCCAACCGGGUUCCAUUCAGUAACCCCCUCCAUAAAAUGGACCAUAUCGGGUCUCAGGGCCAUUUAGGGCAGCCAGGAGACUCUGGUGUGAACAGAAAUCCCUGCCACGCAUUGCCAGGGCAGUUGUUGGGGCAGUGGGCUCUCUGCCCACACUUGGAAGGACUGCAGUCUGGGUGGGAUGCCUGAAGGAGUCCAACCCCGUCUGUGCCCACGGCCUCUGCCCUGACCACCCCCAGUCAGGAGGCCCCACAGGAGGGGCGAAGGGCAGAGCCAUCAGGUGUGCCGUGUCCUGGGAUCCUGUGGGGGUUGAACCUGGCAUCUACCAGACCUGGCACUGGUAGAUGCCAGUAAAAUCCUCAGGUGAGGUCUGGCUACAGGCUGUGGGCCACGGGCCGCUCACCACUCACACCUUCCUUGGCUUUCCUUCCAUCCACACCCCCCCCCCAUUUUUUUCUUUUCCUCAAGACGGAGUCUUGCUCUGUCGCCAGGCUGGAGUGCAGUGGCACAAUCUCAGCUCGCUGCAACCUCCGCCUCCUAGGUUCUCCUGCCUCACCCUCCUGAGUAGCUGGGAUUACAGGCACACGCCACCACACCCAGCUAAGUUUUGUAUUCUUAGUAGAGACAAGGUUUCACCAUAUUGGCCAGGUUGGUCUUGAACUCUUGACCUCAUGAUCUGCCCACCUUGGCCUCCCAAAGCACUGGGAUUACAGCCGUGAACCACUGCACCCAGCCCUCAUCCACCACUUUUUAAGCAAACCCACACAAAUUGUGUUUUCUAUGAUACCUGUCUGUGACUUUCGGAGCUGGGGGUUCCCCUACCCCCUUUUCCUGGUGUUAAACUUUUCUUUUUAUACCAAUGGAUCUGGGCCCAAGACAUUACCCACACUGGAAGGGGAUUUGUAUAAUAAAUGUGUAAACUGAA